AUGGAAACCAAACCAAAUGAUUUUUCAUCCGACCCCCGGAUGAAGUUUGAUGAACAAACAGGAAAAUGGUCAUAUGUAGGAGAAGACGGCGUGUCAUUCGAGUACGAUACAAAUGUGAAUGCCUGGUUUCCAAUGUACAACCAAGAAUUGAUUGAGUCGCAACAGUCAGUCUAUGCAGUCGAGGGUGUAGACGAAUCGGCUCCUGCUGUUUUGCCCCGCGAAAAGAAGAAGCGAAUCUAUACAUACGAAGAUCCAGAAGAAGAAGCAAAGAAGAAGCAAAAGCGCGAACCCGUCAAGAAACCAAACACAAGCGUUUAUAUCACACACCUUCCAUUGGAUGUUACAGUUGAUGAAAUGAAACAGACUUUUAGUAAAUGUGGCUUGAUUAUGGAGGAUUUGGAGACAGGUGAACCCAAAAUCAAACUUUACAAAGAUGACAAGGGUACUUUCAAGGGAGAUGCACUUGUAACUUAUUUCAAAGAAGAUUCUGUGCCUUUGGCUAUCAAUCUACUGGAUGAAUCAGAGUUGCGUCUUGGAAAGCCAGAAACCAAGAUUAGUGUACAGCAGGCAAUAUUUAAGGAUAAAGAAAUUGACCCAAAGAAAAAAUCUGUGCCACAGACCCAAAAGAAUAAAGUAAAAAAGAAGUUGCAUCAGUUGAAGAGAAAACUUGACUGGUUUGAUGAUGAGAGUGGAAAGAAGGAUGAAAAGUUUUCAAAGAUUGUUAUCUUGAAGCACAUGUACACUCAAGAGGAAUUGGAUGAGGACCCGACGCUCUUAUUGGAACUUAAAGACGAUGUACGAGGCGAAUGCGAAAAAUUGGGUGAGGUGACAAACGUGAUUCUUUACGAUAAAUCACCUGGAGGAAUUAUUUCUGUUAGAUUUAUGGAUACAGAGAGCGCAAAUGCUUGUGUAAAAAUGAACAAGCGAUUCUUUGCUGGCCGUCAGAUUGAGGCCGAGAUUUACGAUGGAAAGGCACGAUACGAGAAGAGUGGUGGAAAGUCCAACGUAGAAGAAGACGAGGAGGAAGAGAAGAAGAGACUGGAGCGUUAUGCAAAAUGGCUGGAAGAACAAGGCUCUGAGGAGCAUGUCGAGGGAGAGGGUCAAUAA